AUGUCCACUGUACUGCGAUCCCCGUGGCAAGGUCUGGGGCGAAAGCCCUUGGCCGCCGGUAUUAGGCAGCUUCACACUACAAAGGCAUCUGAGUCGUCGUCGUCGACAUCAGGAGCGCAUGCACGCCCGUCUUUUGUCCUGCCUGCGCAAACCUCCAUCCGCUUCACUCGGUCUUCGCAAACUUUCAUAUCGUCUCCCACCGUCUCUGACUCAGUCUUUGCCGCAUCGCGACUCGGAUUAUGCAAUCCUUUCGGUACGACUUCGCCCUUGGCCACCCUCAAGGCACGCCACUACUCCACCGUCUCUCGCAAUGGCCCUCUCUCGCAUUUCCGCCCGCUGUCAAGGCCUGGAACGGUUGGUCUGAAUCUGCUACAACAACGCUCGCUCUUCGGUGGACCAUCGCAUGAACAACUCGCUCGGCUCGAAGAGGCUGCCAACAGGAACCCGAAAAGCGCAUCGUCCCAGGCUACUUUCUACUCUGCUCUUAUGCGCGCCGGCAUGCCGCACAUUGUCGCCAAUCGCUACACUCUCGGAAACUAUGCCACAAAUGCAGCAGUCGAUAAAAUCUACAACAACGCUCUCGCCGAGCUGGCACGACAGGGUAAUGAACAGCAACAACAGCAACAAGGACUUUCCCCGCAACAACGCCAGGCCGUCGCUCAAGCUGUCGGUGCAAACUCUGGUUCUGCGCAAAUCGGAAUGGCUCGAAGCGGUAGUGGUGCCAAGAGUGACCCCGUCUACGUCGUUGUGGAAGAGUCUCUCAUGAACGUCAUUUUCAAGUGGGUUCGAUGGUUCUGCGGUUUCGCUCUGGCUGCCUACGUCUCUCUCAUUCUUAUCACACUCUUCGUGGAGACUAGCGGUGUCCUGAAAAAGGUCGGCGGUGGCACCAGCGCUGAGGUCCGUCCCGAACAGCAGACUACCCGCUUCAGUGAUGUGCACGGUUGCGACGAGGCCAAGGAAGAACUUCUAGACGUUGUUGACUUUCUCAAGAACCCGGAAAAGUACAACAAGCUCGGUGGGAGGUUGCCCAAGGGUGUCCUUCUAGUCGGUCCUCCUGGUACUGGUAAAACUCUGCUCGCUCGUGCUUGUGCGGGAGAAGCUGGUGUUCCAUUCUUCUACAUGUCGGGCUCAGAAUUCGACGAAGUCUACGUCGGUGUUGGAGCCAAGCGUGUGCGCGAACUCUUCACAGCUGCUCGUUCCAAGGCCCCUGCUAUUGUCUUCAUUGACGAACUUGAUGCUGUAGGCGGAAAGCGUAAAUCGCGCGAUGCCAACUACCACCGUCAAACGCUCAACCAGCUGCUCAACGAUCUCGACGGCUUCGACCAAAGCACUGGUGUUAUCUUCAUUGCUGCAACCAAUCAUCCCGAACUCCUAGACCAAGCUCUGCUCCGCCCUGGGCGUUUUGACCGUCACGUCCAAGUCGAGCUUCCAGACGUCACUGGUCGAUUGGCUAUUCUCAAGUAUCACACUAAGAAGAUUCGUCUUUCUCCUGAUAUCGACCUUUCGUCUAUCGCUCGUGGCACACCUGGAUUCUCCGGUGCCGAGUUGGAAAACUUGGCCAACUCAGCAGCUAUCCGCGCUUCUAAACUCCAGGCAAAGUUUGUUUCGCUCAACGAUAUGGAGUGGGCAAAGGAUAAGAUCACCAUGGGUUCCGAGAAGAAGACUCGCGUCGUUCCGCUCCAGGACAAAAUUCACACUGCCUACCAUGAGGGUGGCCACGCGCUAGUCGGUCUCUUCACCAAGGGCUUCAACGAUGUACACAAAGCGACUAUCCUUCCUCGAGGCCACGCUGCCGGAAUAACCUUCUUCCUUCCCCAAGAGGAGCAUCACCACACUCGUAAACAAUACGUUCGUCAACUGCAGGUCUGCAUGGGUGGCAAGAUGGCAGAAGAGAUUGUAUUCGGUUCGGAUAACGUAGCCGAUGGUGCUUCCGGUGACAUUCAGCAAGCCACGUCUAUCGCUUACAACAUGGUCACAGCCUGCGGCUUUUCAGACAAGCUCGGCAACGUCGACUUCAAGUCCAACUACGAAAUGGUCUCACCUGAGACCAAGCGUCUCAUCGAUGACGAAGUACGCCGGUUAAUCGACGAAGCAAAGUCCAGCGCAAGACAACUUUUGGUUUCGAAGCGUCCGGAACUCGACCGAUUAGCAGACGCCCUCGUCCAGUACGAAACACUAGACAAGGAAGAGAUAUUGAAGGUCAUCAAGGGGGAGGAUCUCCCUGGCCGCAUGAAGUCGAUGCCAAAUGCGCCAAUCAAGAUUCCAGACAAUCCGCUCCCCACGGCCAUAUUACCUCCCCCAAGAGGUGACGGUGGCGAUGGGUCAGGCCCACCGGGUCCGCCUCUGCCAGCAUAG